AUGCGCGAGGUGGAGGCCGGCGAGGUGGAGGUGGAGGCCGGAGAGGUAGUGGCCAUUAGUGAGUGGCCGUUGCAGAAGAUGAACAUCACAGAAUUCAAAGGGCAAGAUGUGCCUAAUGCUACUUUAUCAGUUCAAGUAUCUUCGGCAAACACAGGCAUGGACAACGCAGGAUCCACCUCCAGGGCUAUGUCAGCAGACAGAGCGUGCACUGAGAUUACACUUCCACAAGCAAGUUCUGCACAAACUCCGCCGGCUGCACAGAACGAUGGGAUCGAAGGGAAUGCAGAAGUAGUUUCAACUCCACAAGCACCUAGAGCAGACAUGAGAUUUGAUACACUUGAAGAUGCUCAGAGGCACUACUUGGCAUUUGCAAGGAGGAGAGGAUUUGGAAUCAGAUACAAUUACAGGAAGAAAUCCGAGGUCACUGGAGAAUACAUAAGAGCAGCUAUGGUUUGCCAUAAAGCAGGUCACCAAGCAAAAGAGAAAGAAGAUACGCAGAAACCUAAACCAGUUGUACCAGAAAGGAUGAAGUGCAGCAACAUUAGGACUGACUGUCCAGCUAGGAUGGCGUUGAAAUUCAGAGACGGUGCCUGGCUGGUGACGGAAUUCUGUGAUGAUCACAAUCACCCUCUACUCAAGAAGUGGUCGUUGACUGGUUUCCUACGCUCACACAGAGACAUACCAGAAGAAGACCAAGAGUUCUUAAAAAUACUACACACUGUAAACAUGGAUACAAGCAGAAUGAUGCAAGUUAUGGCUACACUAUAUGAAUCAGUAGAAGGAGUGCCAUACACAAAAAAAGACAUGGCAAAUUUCAGAUCCAAACUUCGGGCAGAGAACAAGUUCGUAGACAUGCAAAACACUAUGGCAUACUUUGAGGACUUGAAGUCCCGAGACAAGGAUUUCUACUACAGAUACAAGCUUGAUGAUGAGGACCGUGUGCAGUACUUGUUCUGGGUAGAUAGUGCAGCAAGAAGAGCUUACAAGAACUACAAUGACUGUAUUUCUUUCGAUGCAACUUACAUGACAAACACAUACAAGAUGCCCUUUGCACCAUUCAUUGGUAUAAACAACCAUGGUCAGUCGAUACAACUAGGCUGUGGGUUCCUAAAGAAUGAGCUCAGUGAUAGCUACAUAUGGUUAUUUGAGUCGUUCUUAAUUGCAAUGGAUGGAGUAGCACCAGUUAACAUAAUAACAGACCAGGAUGGUGCAAUGCGUGCUGGAAUUGAAAAGGUGUUUCCAAACACAACGCAUCGUAAUUGCAGGUGGCACAUUGUCGAUAAAGCAACAGAAGAAAUUGGUCCAUUUGUUGCAAAGAUACUAGGGCUUCGGGAAGAGAUGAAUGACUGCAUAAACUGCAGCUUGACACCGCAGGAGUUUGAAACAAGAUGGAACUUAAUGAUUCAAAAAUACAAUGUGCAAAACCAUGAGAAGAUAGCAGCUUUGUACCGAAAAAGAAGUUCAUGGGUUCCUGCCUACUUCAUGCACAAGUUCUAUCCGUUCUUACAAACAACUCAGCGGAGUGAGGGUUUCAAUGCGGUGCUGAAAAAAUACAUAAGUCCUUCAAAUUCUGUGCUUGAGUUUGUUCUUCAGUAUGCUGAUAUCCAAGCUAAGAUAAUGAAAGCAGAGAAGAAACAAGAGGCAGAUUCAUCACUUUUGACAGCUAGGAGCUGGUCUUGGCACCCAAUAGAGAAACAAAUGGAAAAGCUCUACACAAAAAACAAACACACCCGCUUUCAGUACGAAAUGUCGUACACCAUGUCUUACAACAUAAGGCAGGUAGCUGAGAAUGCAUAUGAAGUGUACUGCAUAACACACUUUGUACCAAGUUACCACAACAGCACAUAUCAGGUUUAUGCAGACCCCCCCAAUGAAACUUACAGAUGCACAUUCUGCAAAUUUGAAAGAGAUGGCAUCGUCUGCCGUCACAUCCUAAAGGUGGACAUGGAGCGCUGA